AUGACUGGAAAGUUGUCGGUCAUGAUAUCGAAUGUGCGUAAAUUACAAAAAAGGCGCCGGAGAUCGAAGAAGCAUUCUGAUGAACCGGAGUCCUUUCGAAAGACUGAUAAAUCGGAUACUCUAAUAGAACCUUUUGUUCCUUUCGUGCGGAAGAUAAUAUUCGGCGAAGAUGGAAAAAUGCAGAACUCCUAUUCAGCAGAAGAGGAUUUUCGAGUUUCUGACCGUAAUCGCAGGGCAAAAAAGCGUUCAGGAUAUGUCUCAUUUACGGAUUUAUAUGCUAGAUGGGAUUUUGCUGCAUCCGAGUCUUCAGCUUUAAAUUUUGUGGAAACUGAUACUGAUGUUUCAGAUAAGCAGCCUGAAUUUCUACAUGAAGUACCAGUUAAAUACAAAAAAGACCAGCACUUAGAAGUAAAUAUCUACAGUUUUCCUAAUGAUUAUGAAACAGCUGUAAAAUACUGGUAUACCACAUUCCAGCAACUCCAUUUGCUUACCAGUCUGGCUCCGAAUCAGGCAUUUCAAGAAAAUAAAACCAGUUUAACUACGGAGAUGGGAAAAGCCGCUUCUCCUACAUAUGAAAGUUCACAAAAAAUCACCCAUUUGAUAUCAGCAGCGUGGACAACUGUGGUUAACAACAACAUUGGCUCCCAUGGAUCAAUAGUGUUUAUUUUACAGGCAGAAGGAGUUUCAGUGUAG